AUGGCAACACGGAAGGAUUCCAAACGAGGCAGCAGGUUGGUGAUCACCUCAGUAGCCCUCCAGGAUCACAUCACCAGGAGCCUUCUGGAACCCAAUUUUUCACUUUCGGACCCGGUGUUGACAUUCAAAAGCAAAGCGCACGCAAUUUCCCACUCUAGAGAGAGAGGAAGCCGAAGUGAUGCUCCUCUGCGAUUUGGAGAAGAGCGAGAAUAUGUGCUUGAUCCUGCUCCGCCACCUCCAACGUUGGCUCAAAGGAUGGGCUUGGUGGCUUUACCGCCAGAGAGGCUGAGCGAGGAGGAGUGGACUAUGGUGAAGGUCAGGUCGGUCCAACAACGGGAAUCGGAGCAGCCUUGCGCAAUAUGCAAGGAGGCCUUCCGCCUUCAGGCUCAGGUGUUGCUGUCCUGCUCACACGUUUUCCACAAAGCGUGUCUGCAGGCCUUCGAGAGGUUCUCCGGCAGGAAGUGCUGUCCCAUGUGCCGGCGGGAGCCGUACCAAACGCGCGUCAUCUAUGAUGCUGCACGCCUCUUCCGAAACCAGUGUGCCACCAGAAUUCAAGCAUUGUGGCGUGGCUACAUGGCCCGGAAGUGGUACGGGAAGAUCCGAAAAACCGUCUGCCCCAAAGACAAGCGGCUCCGACGCAAAUUCUUCGAAGCGAAGCUGCAGGAGCUGAGCGAGGCCUUCGUGCGACGCUGUCACACGGACACCGAAGCUUUUCUCAGCGAUAUCGACCGCUCGCUGUCAUCGAGCCGCCGAGUGUUCCAGCAGCUGGAGAGAAAAAAAUAUGUCACCGAGCCUCGAGAGGACGACUGGGAGCGCAUACAGAGUCAGGUUAGCCAGCGGGGGGCCAGCGACUGCCCCAUCUGCCUGACGCCACUGUGGGCCCCAGAAGCAUCCGGAAGGUCUUCCAGCUUCAACCUCCAUCAACGAAGAAGACGCUCAGUGCUGCUAUCCUGCUCCCACCUCUUCCACCAAGUCUGCCUGGACGCCUUCGAGUCCUUCACCACCGACCGCGCACCCGCUUGCCCUCUCUGCAGAUCCGACUACCACAAGAAACUAAUUUAA